AUGGCCGAUCCUGACAUCAAGCAUCCUCACCCGGAGCGCAUCCACUGGGUUGACGAUGAAGAGGCGGCAACCAAGGCCAGACCGCCCGUGAAGCGUGGCCUCUCGACUGAAUCCAUGGGCAUCCGCUCCAUUAGGUCCAGACGCGGUUCGGUCGAUGCCUCCGCCGUGCUGCCCAUUCAAUAUCGCGCAGUGUCGAUGGACAUUGAAGACUAUAACCAAAAGACUAGUCUCGCCAAGACAAAGAAUGAAGCCGCAGCAGAUCUCGCCAAACUCGAGUGGCACACCAACAACGUCGACGAAGUCAUCAGACGCCUCGGUUCCUCCCUCAUCGAAGGUCUCUCCCCUGAUCAAGUCGAACGACGCAUCGGUCGCUAUGGAAAGAACGCACCCUCUCCUGCCCCGACGCACAAUACUAAGAAGAUUGUCGGUUACUUCUUCAAGGGGUUCGGUACAGUCCUCUUUGUGGCCGCCAUUCUGGUCUUUAUCGCGUGGCGACCCCUCGGAAAGCCUCCGGCGCCUGCGAACCUUGCCCUAGCUAUCGUCCUGCUUGCUGUGUUCUUCAUCCAGGCUGCCUUUAAUAUGUGGCAGGACUGGUCCUCGUCGCGUGUCAUGAACUCGAUCAAGAACUUGCUUCCUGAACACUGCCUGGUAAUACGCGACGGACAGCAGGUCACGCUCUUUGCGGACCAGCUCGUCCCUGGAGAUAUCCUGUUGAUCAAGGCUGGCAACAAGCUCCCUGCCGAUGUUCGUUUUGUCAAGGUCUCUUCCGAUCUCAAGAUUGACCGGUCCAUCCUCACAGGUGAAUCUGUUCCUAUCCACGGCACGGUAAACUCUACAGACGAUAACUACCUCGAGACCAAGAACAUUGGCCUUCAAGGUACACAUUGCAUCUCAGGAACCUGCACUGGCCUUGUAGUCGCGACAGGAGACAACACUGUGUUCGGCAGGAUCGCAAAGCUCACGAAUGAGCCAAAGAAGGGUUUGACCACCCUCGAGCGUGAAGUCCUCCACUUUGUGUUGGUCAUCUGCUCCAUCAUGGCUCUCAUGAUUAUUCUUGUCGUUGUCCUCUGGGCUACAUGGCUACGCAAGAAGUAUCCUGACUGGAUCAGCGUCCCGAACCUCAUCAUCUCGUGCGUCUCUGUGGCUGUGGCAUUUAUCCCUGAGGGUCUCCCGGUCGCUCUCACGGCCAGCAUGACCAUCAGUGCCAACAUGAUGCGCAAGAACAAGAUCCUUUGCAAGUCACUCAAGACAGUGGAAACACUCGGCUCGGUCUCGGUCAUCUGCUCUGACAAGACUGGUACAUUGACACAGAACAAAAUGAUUGUUACAGAGUGCGCCAUCGGCGACAAGCGCAUGCUAGCAGACCAGGCAAGAGACGUCAUGGUCCUUAACCAGCACACCAGCCCCAAGAACAACUCCCUCAGCCAGCUCCGCGCUGUUACUGGACUGUGCAACGCCGGUUCCUUUGACGCGGCCACCAUGAGACUUCCUCUUCACGAGCGUGUCAUCCACGGUGACGCCACCGACCAGGCCAUCCUCCGAUUCUCAGAGGGCCUUGGAGAGGUGGCUGAGCUUCGACGGUGCUGGAAGGUCAAGUAUGAGCUUGCGUUCAACAGCAAGAACAAGUACAUGAUCAAGGCGUUCUGCUUGGCACAUCCUGAUGGUCUUUCGCUUGCGUUGCCGUCGGACAUUGGGUCGAUCUUUGCGCCAGGCGAUGUGCUGUUGACGAUUAAGGGCGCACCGGAGAUCCUUCUGGACCGUGUUAGCUCAUACGUCAACCCCUCGGGCGUUUGUGUUCACCUGGACGAUGAUAAGCGCAAAAGUAUCGAGACGAUCAAGGAUGACUGGGCGUCUCAGGGUAGGCGAGUGCUGUUGUUGGCCCGCAAGUCCAUCUCCAGCUCUGUGUUUCCGCCAAGCAUGUCGGAGACGGCUCUCGAGUCGGAGAUGUACAACCAGGCUCUGACUGGUUUGACUCUUGUUGGUCUGGUCGGUAUCGUCGACCCUCCACGCCCUGAGAUCCCAGAUGUUGUUGACACGCUCCGUACCGCUGGCAUUCGCAUCUUCAUGGCAAGUGGUUCGCAUCGAAUGAAUGUUAUCUCAGCUAACAAGAGACAGGUUACCGGUGACUUUGCCUUGACAGCGCAGGCUAUCGCGCAAGAGUGUGGAAUUAUCACCAGCCAAAACAUUGACACAGUGGAGGCUCUGCACCGUACGGUGACCAUAGAUCCAUCCCUCCGUGCUCUGGAGCUUAACUAUGGCGCUGAUGGACCUCGAGAGGCCAUUGUCCUCAGUGGCCCCGAGCUCAUCACCCUUAAUGAGGGCCAGUGGGAUCAGUUGGCCGAGUACCGUGAGAUUGUCUUUGCUCGAACGACCCCCGAACACAAACUCCGCAUCGUGCGCGAGUUCCAAGCUCGGAACCAGAUUGUCGGCAUGACAGGCGACGGUGUGAAUGAUGCUCCGUCUCUGCGCGCCGCUGAUGUUGGUAUCGCCUUGGGUUCAGGCAGUGACAUUGCAAUUGAGGCGGCUGACAUGGUGCUAUUGGAUACAUUCGCGAGCGUUGUUGAAGCGCUGCGGUAUGGUCGAAUGAUGUUUGACAACCUCAAGAAGACUGUGGCGUAUCUGCUCCCUGCAGGCAGCUUCAGCGAGUUCUGGCCAGUCAUGACCAACGUCGCCUUUGGCAUCCCUCAGAUCCUGAGCAGCUUCCUCAUGAUCAUCAUCUGUCUCUUUACCGACGCCCUCGCAGCCGUCGCCCUCGCAUAUGAGGCUCCGGAGGCCGACGUGCUCCUGCGGAAACCGAGAGUGCCGGGCAAGAACCGCCUCGUUGAUUGGCAGCUCAUCCUGCAGGCGUACGGGCUCGUCGGCUUCAUCGAGACGGCGGCGUCGUUCGCCAUGUCGUACUGGUACUUGCAGCGCAAGGGCAUUCCCUUUUCGGACAUUUGGUUCUCGUUCGGAAAGCUGCCUGACACUAUCGAUCCCGACUACUACCAGGCGAGGCUGAACGAGGCGAGCUCCAUCUACUUUGUGAACCUGGUCGUCAUGCAAUGGUUCAAUCUUUUGGCCGUGCGGACCCGGCGUCUAUCCAUCUUCCAGCAUCCUCCCUUAUUCAACAAGAACACCCAGAACUGGUACCUGUUCCCGGCCAUGUUGUUCGCGCUCGCCAUGGCCUUCUUUUGGCUGUACCCUAAGGAAUUUCAGAACGUCUUGGAUACGGCCGAGGUGCCUGUCGAACAUUGGUUCCUGCCCAUGGCGUUUGGUAUAGGUCUCAUUAUUAUUGAUGAAGCGAGAAAGUAUUGCGUGAGAACCUACCCCAAGGGCAUAUUGGCUCGGAUGGCUUGGUAG